AUGGCGACCGUAACGGAAGAGCCGGUCCUCCAAGACGGCGACAAUGCCGCAUCCGCCAAGCGCAAGUCCGCCAUGGACGAAAUUGAAGUCGAUCUGGCGCUUCCUGAACCGCCAUCCAAGCGAGCACGUCGUGCUCUGAAAAAGGGAAAGCCCCUCCCCGCAAAGAACGAUAGCGACGACGAGAAAGAAAAGGCCGACGGCGACGAGGAACAAAAGGACAAGAAAGACAAGGUCAGAUCGGAGCACGGCAUUUGGGUGGGCAAUCUACCCUUCACAGUCACAGCUGCAGAGUUGCGACAAUGGCUCGUCGAUAAUUCUGGUGGCGUAAUUACCGAAGACUCCAUCACGAGAAUAAAGAUACCCACGUCAAAAGACCCCAACCGGGACAAGACCCAAAAGCCUGCCAACAAGGGCUUUGCCUACAUUGACUUCACAGACAUUGGCGGCAAGGUCGCCGCCAUUGCAUUGUCGGAGACAGAGCUCGGCCACCGAAAACUUCUUAUCAAAGACUCCAAGUCGUUUGAAGGCCGACCCGCCAAGGAGAAGGAGCCUGAAGCGGUGGAAACCGGACCCGAUGGCAAAGUGAAGCACGGCGGCGAGCAGAAGAACGACGUCGACCCCAAUGCUAGCCGGAAAAUAUUCGUCGGAAAUAUGAGCUUCAAGACGACCGAGGAGGACGUGUGGAGGAACUUUGAAAAGUGCGGAGAAAUUGAUUGGGUCAAGAUUGCCACGUUUGAAGACACCGGAAAGUGCAAGGGUUACGGCUGGGUCAAGUUCAAGGAACCUGAAGCUGCUGCGUGGGCUGUGAAGGGAUUCGUCAAGGUGAAGGAGGCGGUUGAAACGGAAGAUGACUUCAAGGAGGGUGAGGACGGCGAGGAUGCCGAUGGCAAGAAGAAGGAUCAGCAGAAGCAGUUCAAGACGAGAAAGUGGUGGGUGAACCGCAUGCUGGGCCGAGAACUCAAGCUGGAACUGGCCGAGGAUGACCAGACCCGGUACAAGAAGCGUUUCGGCAAGGAUGCCCAGAAGAGACAGGCGAACGAUGGUGAGAGGAAACCGAGACAGCAAGGAAGAAAUGGAUUCAAGUCGAGAGAUGACAGAGCUGGUGAGAAGAAUGGCGAAAAGGCUGAGACACAAGAAAAGGCGGAUAAGCCUCUCAAGGAGGCGGCGGAUAUUCAGGUCGCGAGGUUAACGGGUGCGGUAGUGAAGCAUACGGGUUCGAAGAUGACGACAUAUUUAGCAAAGAAGAGGCUAGAAGAAGCCCUCACCCAAGUCCGUAGCACCUCACCACCAGUAACUUUCACCCUGCACUUCGAACCCUUCCAACUAUUCCCCGACUUCGCCGACACCACCGACAAGCAGGAAUGGUACCUCCACGAAAAGCACUUUGACAACCAAGCCGCCCAGGAAGCCUACCAAGCGCACAUGACGUCGCUCCUCGAGCCUCACGGCGUCAAGCUCAAUUUUACAGGUAAAAUGGGCAACACGCUCCACGCGCACCGCGUGAUUCAGCAGGUCCAGCAGGACAAGGGACCAGAAGUGACGGGCCGCCUGGUGGAAGGUCUGUACAGGCGGUACUUUGAGGAGGCGAAGCACCCGUCUGCGGAUGAGACGCUGGUGGAGGCGUGUGUGGACGCUGGGAUAGGGGAAGACGAGGCGAAGAAGCUGGUUGAGGAUAAGGAGAUGGGGUUGAGGGAUGCGAAGGCGAGGUUGAGGGAGGUUGCUAUGGAUUGUGAUGCCGUGCCUGUGGUGGUGGUGGAGGGGAAGAGGAGGGAUAUUACGCUGACGGGGGCGAAGGAGGUGAAGGAUUAUGUUAAGGCUAUGGAGACGGUUAUCAAGGAGAGUGGGUGA